AUGAGGCUGCUAGUUGUCUGCCUUCUGGGCUUGCUGCUGGCCUUUAUACCUGGGACUAAAUGCCGAAUCCUUGAGCGAUUCAUGGAGAUCAGGAAUCCUGAUAUUGAUCCUUCUUGGUACACCGGGCGAGGGAUCCGACCUGUGGGGCGGUUUGGCAGGAGAAGAGCAGUUGGAGAAAGUGUCCAGAAAUCUGGCUACAAGCACCUGCAAGCUUGCUUCCCUAUAGAAGAAAGCAGUGAAUCUCUGCAAGAUGAAUGA